UCAGUAAAAGGUGGGUGUUUUAGGCGAAGACGGAAGUACGUCGGGAUGAAAAUCUCGCUUCACGGAAAAGUUAACCUGACGUGAACCGGAAGUAGACUCAUCCAGAACGAGGUCGCUUCAGACACGUGUUUUGUAGAGUUACAGAAACGAGAGAAACAUGACGUCCUUGGCCCACCAGCUGAAGAGGCUCGCGCUGCCUCAGAGCGACGCCAGCCUGCUGACCCGCAGGGAGGUCGCCUCGCUGCUCUUCGACCCCAGAGAUGCGGCCUCCAUGGACAGAAGCAGCUUCUACGCCCUCGGCUGCACAGGGUUUGAGGAGCUGCUCGGAAUCGAACCAGCCUUCCUGGAGUUCCAGGACACCCUGUUCAGCCCGGCCUCGCUGACCCUGGAGCGGAGCGUCCAGUCCAGAGAGGUGAACAAGAAGCUGGACGCCGGCGUCUCGCUCUUCCUCGCCCGCCUCAGCCCGUACUUCCUCCUCAAACCGGCUCACAAGUGCAUCGAGUGGCUGGUUCACCGCUUCCACGUCCAGCUGUACAACGCCGACAGCCUGUUGGCCUGCGCGCUGCCGUAUCACGACACCAACCUGUUCGUCAGAGUCCUGCAGCUCCUCAAGAUCAGCGACGCCGGCAGCCGCUGGAACUGGCUGCGCCGCCUGCAGAAACCGGGCGUGCCGCUGUCCAGAGGAGCCCUGGUCACGCACUGCUACGCAGACCUGAGCUUCAUGGACUUCAUCUGCACCCUGGUCACCGAGGCCAUCCAGGCUUAUUCGGGGCACUCGGGAAGUUGCUCCCAGCUCAGAGUGAUCUUCUCCUUCUACGCCUCCACCAUCGUCUCUGCUCUGGACGCUGCGGACAAAGUGUCCGACACCAUCAUUUCCAAACUGCUGCCAUACGUUCAGAGGGGUCUGAAGUCGCCGCUGACAGACUACAAAGCUGCCACCUACAUGAUCGUGUGCCAGCUGGCGGUGAAGGUGGUGAUGGAGGCGAGUCUGGUCGACACCCUCGCCGUGCACAUCAGCAAGUCUCUGCUCAAAGAGCCCGUGUUGGCCCAGGAGGGUCUGGGCUGCCUCGUCGUGCUGCUGCAGAACCAGAAGGAGGGCGCCGCUGGGCCCAGAGCUUUCAGCCGCCUGAGCUCGAUGCCGACGCUGGUUCCGACGCUGCAGGUCAUGGCGGCGGCUCAUGAUGUCAGUCCUCUGCUGCGCUACCUGCUGCCUCACCUGGUCCACGCCGUGUUCACCUGCGGCUCCGGUGAGACGGAGACGGCCGAGCUCGGCGUGUUGGAGUCCGUCCUGCAGUCUGUUCCUCUGACCAAAGGCCUGGACCAAACCGUGGCUCGUUUGCUGUUGGACGAGUAUCUGAGUCAGACCGAAGUCUCUGCUGAAAACACGUCGGCCCUGGAUCACCGCCUGCAGCCUCUGGUUCGACUGUUCGAGUCCAGAUACUGUGGCGCUCUGGACGGCGUCCUCGCAGGUCACGUGACCACCGUCAGCAGCUCGGAGCAGAAACAUCUCUUCCACCAGUUCCUCUCUCUGUCCAUGAGCAGCGGGAAAUACCAGAUUAUCGGCGACUCGAACACGUCGCUGCUCCUCAGCCUCAAACACCCGCAGCCUUCGGUCAGAGUCUCGGCUCUGGAGCACCUGAUGGGCGUCGUCACCUCCGGACAGCAGCAGAGUUUGGACGAAGCGUUCCUGAAAGACGCCGUCGUGGACCGCCUGAAGGACGACGUGCCGGAGGUCGCAGCUGCCGCUCUCAGAGUCCUGGAGGUGUUGUUCGAUGCGUUGGACCCCGAGGACACCGUGUCGUGUUUACUGUCGCUGCUGCACAGAGUGGAUCUGUCGGUGGCUGAGCACUGGCUGCCAGUACUGACGGAGGCGGUGCGUUUACUGUCCGACCCCCGGCUGGGAAAGGGGGGCGCCGAGCUGUUGCAGAGGGCGGGCUGGAGGCUGCUGCCCUUCCUGGUGAUCACCUCCACCCAGCUCGGCCUCGCCUCCUGCGUCGCCCGAUCCUCCAUCAUCACCCAACACCCGCUCACCCUGAACUGGGCUCAAGAGCUGGAUGAGCUGACGAAGCGGAGCUCUGAACCCGACUUCGUGGGUUUGGCCAACCGGCGGCUCGUCUCCACGUUGACCGAGAAUCUGGCGAACAUGGAGCACUUCUCCAAACGGGACGCUCUGGAGAAGCUGGUCCUGUCGGUGGAGCAGCAGCGGGGCGCCGGCCUCCGGGGGAGGGCGUCCUUCCUGGUGCUGACCCAGACUCUGCUGCUCGGCCUGGGAGAGCUGAGCGAGACCCAGCACCUGCUCACCGCUCAGAGGGUCUACAUGAUGCUGGAGCCCCUCCUGCUGGAGGUCACCGGGGACGCCGACGCCCAGGAAGAAGAGCGUCGUGUCAUCGUGUCUCUGCUCAGAGACUUCAUCUCCUCCCUCAGGUGUCACGACGCCUCCUUCAAAGGUGACGUGUGGUGGAACCCGGAGAAGCUGGACACAAACACCUGCUGUUACCUGGGCCUCACCUGCCGCCUCUUCGGUGUCAUCGUCAGCGGCGCCGGGGAGGGGCCGGCGGCCGGCAGCUUCAGGGACUUAAUGAAACUGCUCAUCCAGGUUCACCUGCCCGAGCCGCCGACGCUCUUCAGGUUCCUGUGCGUGCUGUGGGGAUACGGCAGUAACCACGGAGACCAGCUGGACGUGAAGGUCGGCGCCGUCCUGCAGACUCGGGCUCUGUACAUGGGCGCCGCUCUGCUGAGCGCCCAACCGGCCGCCACGCUGGAGGAGCUGGCGGCCGCCGACUCGCCUGUGGUCCCGUCCUUGCUGUGCUGUCUCAGCUCUCCGGUUCGGGAGGUCCGGAGGGCGGCCCUCAGUGCUCUGCAGAGCCUAUCAGGAGCUGUCGCUUCUCCCUUCCAGCCAAUCACGGAGAAGCUUCUGAAGACCUCGGAGGAGCUCAUCGCCGACCCUUCAUACCUGAGCCAGGCUCUGGGCGUGCUUCACGAGGACUGUCUGUCUGUGAAAGUGAAGGCGCAGCAGAAGAAGCUGCAGUCGGCGAUGCGGCAGCUGCUGCAGAGCGUGCGGACUUCCUGCUGCCCGUCGUACAGCGCCGCCGGCCUGCUGCGAGCGCUGAGCCACGUCAACGGACGGUCCGUCCUGUCCGCCCUGCUUCCUGUUCUGGAUCGGCUCCUGGAGCAGAGCGGCCCCGACGCCCCCACCGUGCUGCGGGCGGAGGCCCAGCUGAUGCAGCUCGUCCUGGGGAAGUACAACGAGGCGUCGGCCCCCCUGCUGGCCGAAGACCAGAACUGUCUGGAUCUGUUUAUCAGAGCUCUGAGGACCUCAACCCAGCAACACCCCGACAUCCCCAGCUGCCAGAUCGUCGCUCUGGAGCAGAUCACGAAGCCGUUCUUCUCGGCCCUCGGAGACGAGUCGGUGCAGCAGAAGCUGCUGUCGGUGAUGUUCGACCUGCUGGUGGAGAGCAGGAGUCCGCUGGUGGCCAGCACCAUCAGCAGCGUCUUUAAAGGGAUCGCCGUUGACGGUCAGCUGGUGGCCAAUGAGCUCGCUCCACCAGAAAAACCCAAAGUCGGUGUGACGGUGCAGCAGACCCGCAGGAGCAAAAUGACGCAGAGGAAACCUCAGGAGAGCGGCGAAGCCGGUCCAGAGGGGGGCGCUGUGUCGUGGCAGAGAGUCACUCUGAUCCUGGAGCUGCUGCAGCACAAGAAGAAGCUGAAGAGAGCCCAGAUGUUGGUGCCGGUCCUGUUCUCUCUGCUCGCCAGGAGUCUGGAGCCGGGCUCGGGCGAUCAGACCAACAUGGAGUACACCAAACAGCUGCUGCUCAGCUGUCUGCUCAACGUCUGCCACAAGCUGUCUCCUGGUGGAGGCGCCGCGGGGCCGGACGUCCUGGAUGAAGAUAAGUUCAGCGUGGAGCUGGUGGUUCAGUGCAUCCGAGCGUCCGACAUGCCGCAGACUCACCACCACGCUCUGCUGCUGCUGGGCGCCGCGGCCGCCAUCUUCCCCGAAAAAGUCCUGCACAACAUCAUGCCCAUCUUCACCUUCAUGGGAGCCAACAUCAUGCGCCUGGACGACGCCUACAGCUUCAGGGUCAUCGACAAGACGGUUCAGAUGGUCAUACCUGCUCUGAUCAAGGCGCACCAGCUCUCCGACGGCAGCUCUUCGGCUCACGUGGUCGCCGUGGUGACGAGGAUCUUGCACGUGUUCGCCGACGCGCUGCCUCACGUGCCCGAUCACCGGCGGCUGCCCGUCCUGGCCCAGCUGGUGACCACGCUGGGCCCCGCCCGCUUCCUCUGGGUCCUGCUGCUCCUCCUGUUCGAGCUGCACACCACGCAGACCGCCGGCUCCGCCAGCGAGAAGGAUGCAGCUCUGGAGAAAGACGUGGACUUCUGGAUUUCUCUCUGCUGUCAGUUCGAGGUGACCGACCAGCUCGCGUCCCUCGUCCACAUCCUGAACUUCCUCCUGCAGCUGCCCGACGACAGAGACGACGCUGCAGUGAAGCGCUCCGUCGGCCGGCGAGAAGCCAAGAAGAAGAAGGAGGAGGAGGAGGAGGAGGAGAAGGUGGAGGAGCUGAUCUUCAGUCUGGAGGCUCACAGCAGCAAAGAGCUGCGACACUUCAAGUUCCUGUCCGUCUCCUUCGUGGCUCAGCUGCUCGGCUCUGCCAGCUUCAUCGGGAAGGUUGCGGACGGCGGUGACGGCGAGGAUGAGUCUCUCCGGCGGCUGCAGCAGACGCUGCUGGAGGAGAUCCUGCGCUACGUCCACAGCGUGGCUCGCUGCGUGGAGGAGAACGCCGACAAACCCACCGCCAAGUUCUGGAGAGUUCUGCUGAAUAAAGCCUACGAUGUUCUGGAUAAGGUGAACUCCUUGUUGCCCACGGAUACCUUCAUCACGGUGAUGAGAGGGCUGAUGGGAAAUCAGCUGCCGUCAGUCCGGAGGAAAGCCAUGGAGCUGCUGAACAACAAACUGCAGCACCGGACGCAGUGGGAGGAACAACAGGUCACUGCGCUCCUACAGCUGACCGGCGACCUGCUGAGCAUUGUGGGUAAAGGUCACGGUGAGGUCACGGAGGAGAAGGAGGCGGAGCAGGCCAUCAACCGGCAGACGGCGCUCUACAGCCUCAAGCUGCUCUGUCGCAGCUUUGCCUCUGACCACCAGGAGGCGUUCGUGCCCGUCCUGCUGCGAAUGGUGGAACUGGUCACUUCGCCGGAGGAAGAGAAGAACGUGACGGGCAGCGCUCUGCUCUGCAUCGCCGAGGUGGUCAGCACGCUCAAGGCCCUCGCCAUCCCACAGUUACCAAGGUUGAUGCCGGCGGUGCUGCACACGCUGACAGACAGGAAGGAGCUGCUGACCAAUGAGAUCUACCUGCUGAGCGCCGUCACCGCGCUCCAACGUGUCACGGAGACGCUGCCGCACUUCAUCAGCCCGUACCUGCAGGACACCACCUCACAGGUGUGUCGCCUGACUCGGCUGGUAGAGACCUCCUCCUCCUCGUCUUCCUCCUCCGCCCAGCUGUCCUUACGCCUCGCCUCCCUCAGGAGCACCCUCGCCACCAAGCUGCCCCCCAGGGUCCUACUGCCCAGCCUCACCAAGUGCUACAGCAACAUGGUCGUCAAAACGAAGGGCCAGCUGGGGGCGCUGAUGAGCAUCCUGAAGGAGCACAUCAGUCACAUGGAGAAAGACCAGCUCAACGUCCACCAAUCAGAGCUCACCUCCUUCUUCCUCACCGCCCUGGACUUCCGUGCCGAACACUGCCAGGGUGACCUGGAGACGACGGCGGAGAUCGAAGGCCGUGCGAUCGACUGCCUGCUCGCCAUGGUGAUGAAACUGUCUGAGGUCACGUUCAGGCCGCUCUUCUUCAAGCUGUUCGACUGGAGUAAAUCCGACAGGAAAGAGCGCCUGCUGACUUUCUACCGGCUGUCCGACUGCAUCGCCGAGCGGCUCAAAGGACUCUUCGUCCUGUUCGCAGGAAACCUGGUGAAACCGUUCGCUGACCUGCUGCGACAGACCAACAGCUCCCAGACAGGCGAGCCGCUGUUCGACUCGUGCCGAGCUGAAGAGAAGCGCAGUCUGCUGCUGCAGCACGUCCUCGACUGUCUCUACAAGAUCUUCCUGUACGACACGCAGAGAUUCCUCAGUAAAGAGCGAGCCGACGCGCUCAUGAGCCCGCUGGUCGACCAGCUGGAGAACACACUGGGCGGAGACCAGGUGUACCAGCAGAGGGUGACCCAACACCUGGUUCCCUGCGUGGGUCAGUUCUCUGUGGCGCUGGCUGACGACACUCAGUGGAAAACUCUCAACUACCAGAUCCUCCUCAAGACCCGACACAGCGACUCCAAGGUGCGUUUCUCCUCUCUGCUGAUGUUGAUGGAGCUGGCGUCCAAACUAAAGGAGAACUACGUGGUGCUGCUGCCGGAGACCAUCCCCUUCCUGGCUGAACUCAUGGAGGAUGAGUGCGAGGAGGUGGAGCAGCAGGUCCAGAAGGUGGUGCAGGAGAUGGAGAACAUCCUGGGAGAACCGCUGCAGAGCUACUUCUAACACGCGCAGCAGGAAGUGGAUGCACGAGUCAGCCGCCGUGACCUGAAGCGUGUCUCUCUCCGAUGUGUACGAGAAAUAAACGUUGUUGUUGUUUAA